AUGCGGUCGUUGUUUCAGGAAUUGGAGAUAUUGUUUCUGUUGAUGCUCGGCCCAGCGGCCGUGUCCGCGCUGCUCCUGGGCGCCAACAUGUGGCUCUCCGUCGUCUUGCUGUGGUCGGAUCCACCGAGCUUCUCCGUGGACAGGCUCUCCGAUCUGGUGGGCCGCGGGCGAGAGUGGCCCAGCGAGCGUUUAGCAUGCCGCUCGGACAAGCUGAAAGCAGUGGGACAAGAGCUUGGACAUGAGAUCCGGAUAUUUUCAAGCACAACAUUUGAGCUGAUGACUAGCAAAUUGCCCAGGGCAGAUCAGGAGGAAGACGAUGACUUUUAUGAGCUUCAGCCUGGUGAUUAUUACAAGUUGAUUUCCAAUAGGCUUGCAGAACAAUCGAAAGUUCUGAAGACUCGUAAAAUAAGGGAAGCAGAACUUGCUGCUCAACGAGCAAGGCUAACAAAGGUAGGAAGGAAUAUGAUGCACUAUGCCACUAUUUAG